CACAAAGAGCAAGUAAGUAUCUGGUACUUUUUGAUUAUGUGAGAGAACAAUGACGUUGAGGUACACAAAACUUUGAAUCUAAUGUUACGCGUUAACACUACGCAUAUAACCAGCGCAAAAGCUUCAACAUGCGCAUGUACACCGUGUGUUGAACAGCAAGUCACUUCGUGGUUCUCAGAGAAUAAGGGAGGACAUGCCACACGGAUGUUUAGGCAAAAUCUGAUAGCAAUUUACGAAGAGUAAUACUAAGGAUUGCAAUGAGCUUGCAUGGCUCCAAUGGAUCCCAUAUCCCAUCAAGAUAAAGUGAUACGGCGACUAGCACCAAGUGUAAUCAGUAAUUUUUCGAGCCAAACUACAGGAUUCCACGGCAAUGUCAAUGUCAAAAACAUGUCUAUCAUGUCAUUCAUUUUGGUUGUUAUGUGUUGGUUAUGCGUGAAUGGGCGGGAAGAAGUGGGAAGCCGAUAGCCGAUAGAAGGUGUAAAGGUGCAAAAGAGUUUGGCGUUUUACGUGGGAUAGUAAUCUAAAUAAAUUCAUUAACGUGUUUGCAAGACGUUAAAUCUUUUUGAGUUCUCAAAUCGACCAUUCAAUAUGACACGAUCUCAGAAGAAUAACAGCACGGCGAGUACGACCGAUGAUUUCAACAACGAGACAGCUAAAAAACGUGUUGAAAAUUCCUGGUUACUUCUAGGUCAAGAUUCAUUACUACAGAAUUCAGAGUUUGUUAUCAUAACUCUUCCCCACCCAGCAAGCAGGAAGCCUAGCAAGUAUUGUUUGGAUGAAAAUAACAAGAAAAUAUAUGAAGUUGUCACAUUUAGUGAGCCCCAUAGGUGCUGGUUCACAGGCCAAACUGUUAAGUCUGAUGCUAGCAUGUUUAUGUUGACUCCCAUAAAUCCUAUGUUUUUAGUUUUGCCUCACAUAAAGGAACAAUGCCAGAGUAAAGCAAUACCCAUUGAAGAUUUGUUAUCAGAAAAUGGCUUGAGCAAGCUUGUUGACUUCAUAGCUGGUGUUGACAAUAUUGCAGAUCUAAAGGGCCCUGAUGAUUUAAAAGCUUAUAAGUAUAAUGAAAGUAAGGCUUUGACAUGGCUUGAAAGUAAGGUGAAGAAAUUAGCAAAAGUAUUGAGAACAAAGAAGAUUCAUGUUCGGUCAGGUGCUGCCUCUGCUACAUUUGUAGCCAGUACUGCAAAUGAUGAUACUGUGGAUGAAGACGUUUUCUUGAAGUAUGCUCUAGGCAUAAUAGCUGAAUAUCUUGAAGAGGACACUGUGGAAUUAUUGGAAGAGAAAUUUAAUUUUAAACCUGACAUGAUUGAAUCUUUGGGGCAAAAACGAAAAUCGGAACUUGCAGAAAGUAACAAUAAAAGAAUAAAAUGCGAAAACACCGAAGAAGGUAAGAUAGUGACUGCUCUAUCACCGCUUUCGAAUAAUGUCACCAAACAGAAACCCUUAACUGCUAAAGAAAAAGCUCGACAAAAAGCUGCAAGUGGUACAAAAACGAUAUCAGCGUUUUUUACUAAAAAGUAGUUCGAUAUAACUGAAUAAAUAUUGCAGUCUAA